GCCUUAGUGCCGCUCAGUGGGAAUGUAGAGGGGCAUUUUUUCAGUAAAAAUAUGUCAGUGCAGGAAAAUAUUCUCAAUCAGUUUAAAUUCCAAACACAGAUAUGAGUUUUCUUACCUGUGGUUCUGCAGCUGCGUCUCUGUACGGCCCUGAGCAAACGUCACCUGUUUCUUCAUCGUUCAGAUUCACACAUAUCAUAAUAAAACAAAACCCUGCCUUGGGGAAAUCCCGGGUCGGCUGUGAUAUAAAACAGAUCAGACCAGAUGCAGCCCUGGUGAACAGAGGAGAGAUGAGCGGACAGCACCACGUUACCCCACGUUUACUGCUCAAAAUGAAGAAGAUGUGGUCCAGCAAAAUCUACAAAGAUAAAACUCCACUUAUAGAAACCAACAACAACCAAGAAACUCCAGACAGACACUCUCUGCACUUGGGAAAUCCAUUGUUUGAAAACUCCAUCAACUCCAGAAAUGAAGACUGGACCAGAGACCAGACCAAAGACCAGUCAGGUCCUCAGUCCCUGGAUCAGGAGACUCUAUGUGCGAUCCUACAGAUUAGUCCUUGUAUUUCUGUGGUCCACAGCCCUGGUCUGGACUCAGGUCUGGACUUGAAUCUGAUUGAGUUCCUGAUUGAAGAGUCUGUGCGCGCUCACCUUCCACAGAUGCCCUCAGAGCUGGAUACAAAGCUGCAGUGUCACCUCCAGGACCUGCAGACUGUUGUGCUACAGGAGCUGCGCAGACUGGGCCCUGAGCUCGAGCACUGGGGGCUGAUGGGAAAUCUGACACAGAAGUAUCAUCACGCUCUGGUCUCACACAUGAAUAAACUACUGCCACAGACCUGCACCACUGGGGCCUGCCUUCAACUGCUCCGGUGGGCACUCACAAAGUACCUCAGUCCAGACCUGUUCUUUCACCCGGACCUAAACCAGAACCAGACCCGGGACUUGGACCUGGUUCUUCUGAGCGACUGGGUCCAAGAGGCUCAGGAGAGGCUCAUGCACCUGCUGGAGAUGGAGGUUGAGCGUCAGCUUCAAAUGACUCUGCAUAAUGACCUCGAGCCAUGUGAGAGCGAGGAGGACUACAGCAGCACCUAUAUGGAUGUGAUACAGCGCAUUGAGGCGGCUCCCUCUGUGGCUCAGACCUUCAGCUCGUCCCUCUCUCUGAAACUGUCUCAUCUGUGUCUGCGCCUGCUGCACUCAUUCACAAAAAGAUACAAGACACAGUGGUUUGAGAUUCUGAGCAAAACGAAAUGGUCUGAACUGGAGUUGGUCACAUUUUUAAAAUGUCUGAAAACCUGCAAAGAAAUCAAGAAACACGUCCAAACCAAAUACAACAGGGAGCAGAGUGUGAAAGAAACUGUGUUAUUGCUCGAAGAAAUUGAAACGUUUACUGUGGAAAUACUUCUCAAAGAUUUGACGAUCUUCACUGAGAGAGCUUUGGAAAAGUACUUCAGGUCUAAUCCCACAAACAAAAUCCUCAUCACUGAACUGGAGAGGUUUUUCAGAGUGGAGCCGUGGCUGUGUUUGAAGGAACAUGAGGCUGUGAUGUCUCGGUGCUACGGGCUCAUCGUGUCUCUGUACAUUAAACACAUGACCUGCCUCACUCUGCACAAACUGAGGAGGAGAUGGAGCCCAAACAUGGACGCCUCUGUGACCGACGACACGCAGCUCAUUCAUGAACUCAUUCACAACCUGUGCCCUGGAGUGAAAGAGUGGAACAUUUCAUUACAUUUUGUCAGUGAUGUGUUAAAGACAGAAGACAUAGACUCUAUCAAAAUAUCAACUGGGGAUCUGCUGCAAAAAUGCAAGGAGAAUGGUCUUACACUGGACACAUCGCUCCUGACUGGCCUGCUCCAGUGGAAAGGCUUGUCCCGCAGUAGAAUUCGAGAGGUCCUGGAUUCUCUAACAGAUCUGGACUCAGAUCUAGACUCCCCUCUGCCCUCCAGAUGCUGCAUUGGAUAAAGGACCAAAGGAUUUACACAACCAAACUCCACAAGACAAUCUCAAAAUGUCAUGAUACAAGUUGUUUACCAUGAAUAUGAAUUAUUUAUAAUAUUUUCCGUUCCUGAUCCUGCCCGGUUUUGUCUAACACUAUCACUGUAACUGUAACUGUAUGUAGUGUGACUGAACAAACACUAGAGGGCGACACACUGCAGAUUAUAUUUUGUUGUGUUGAAGCUUGAAUUCUAUAAAAACAUGUAAUACUUAAAAGGUACAAUGUGUAACUUUUUGGAGGUGGCAUGUCACCUGCAUGAUUCCAUGGAAAUACAAUGGAUGAAUGUGUUUUAGAUUAUAGCCAAGUAACAGUCGGGUUUGUGGAGAUGCAAGCCAUACAAACAUGCUUUUAUUUAAUUAAAUUAUUUUAUGGCUAAAAAGUGACCUACUGUGGCUUUAAUGGCCUGUUGUACACUGUAUAUUUUGUAUAUAUAUUUAAGUUUGUUUACUUUCUAACACCUUAUUCCAUGCAUGCUUUUUACUUUUUACACUUUUGUAUUUAUUAUUUAUUAUUUUAUGCUGUACCACUUUACCAAGCACAUUCCGUCUUUUAAGGUUUUUAAGGGAAUUUGAUCAGGUUUUGCUAUUUCUUCUACGUUCCUACCCUCACCUAUGGUCAUGAGCUUUGGGUAAUGACCGAAAGGACAAGAUCGCGGAUACAAGCGGCUGAAAUGGGCUUCCUCCGCAGAGUGGCCGGGCGCACCCUUAGGGAUAGGGUGAGGAGCUCGGUCACACGGGAGGAGCUCGGAGUAGAGCCGCUGCUCCUACACGUUGAGAGGAACCAGCUGAGGUGGCUCGGGCAUCUGCUCAGGAUGCCUCCUGGACGCCUCCCUAGGGAGGUGUUCUGGGCAUGUCCCACCGGGAGGAGGCCCCGGGGAAGACCCAGGACACGCUGGAGGGACUAUGUCUCUCGGCUGGCCUGGGAACGCCUUGGGGUCCCACCGGAGGAGCUGGAGGACGUGUCCGGGGUGAGGGAAGUCUGGGAGUCCCUGCUUAGACUGCUGCCCCCGCGACCCGGCCCCGGAUAAGCGGAAGAAAAUGGAUGGAUGGAUGGAUUGCUAUUUCUUUUGCAUGUUUAUCUUUUGAAAUAAACAGGGAAAAUAUGUUGUUUUGGGAAUCUUGUUGGAAAUAGAAAAAAAACUCAAAACAGCAUCAGCUGACCCUGUCUGACCUGAAUGAAUGUCUGUUUGUAGGACUUUCCUCAUCACGUUUUAACUUCUUUUGCACUAUAUUUAUCAAACAUUUUGUGUUGGUUUGCCUCAAUAAAACUUAGUUAUUAUCC